AAAUGUGUUGGAUAAUCCAGAACGUUGGAUAAGUGAGAUUCUACUGUAUGUAAGACAUUGAAUUUUGCCAUUUAUUAUGUUAUAAACCACUUUGAGUCCCCCCAAGGGUGAGAAAAGCGGUAUAGAAAUGCAGUUGAUAAUAAUAAUAAUAAUAAUAAUAAUAAUCUGGAUUUUAUAUGGCAGUGUGGGAGGGGGCUCAGAGGCCAUCUUGUCUCAAUAGCUCCAUUUUAAUUUGUGUUAAAUGAGCUGAAAGAAGGCAGGUUUAAGAGCCACAAAAUAAAAGGUGAAAAGCACAAGUCUUUGCAAGAUGAACGAAGCAGAAGACACUCCUCUGAUACCCUUUGCAAAGCAGUCCAAGAUGGUCAGCCGGUCCCUUCCAGAGGCAAAGGCUCCUAAUGUUGACUACUCCAAGAGAGAGUUUUGGGACUGGCUCAGCCAGCAACCAAGCUCUCCUUGGAUGGAAGAAUACCAGGAGGCACCCUCCCUGCUGACCUCCGGCCGCACGGCACAAAGACCCAGCAGCAGUGACCAGGCUGAGUCUGGCCCGCUCACCUGGCAGGUGAUCCCAGCUCUCCAGAAGCUCCCGUCCCCCAAGGAGCUCUUCUGGAAGAAGAAAAAGGGGCAGAAGCGGAAGAGCUUCGAGAAUGCCAGGGCCCUGUCGGUGUUUUGCCACCUGGAGGAGCUGAAGAGGAGGCAGAGCAGCAUCGAUGAGCUGAAGAAGGCCACGUGGGGAGUGUGUCUGCCCAAGGCAUUGCGUGAAGGGGAAGAGGUGCCCGACCCCCUCGCAAGAGCCGUUCCCCAUGAAAGCCCACUCAGAUCAUUCAGCAUGCCCAUGUCCACUCGCUUCUACGAAGAGCGCUCAUUGGGGGACAGAUACUGCCAUGCACAGCUCCUGUAUCCCGAGUGGAACCCCUCCGCCAGGGAGCAGCUGGAGAUCUCUCGGGAGAGCCCCGUGGUCUCCUACACCAUGGCCACCCACCAGAGAGGCCCACGGGCCACAGUGGGGGUGGCCGCAUGCCAGAUGGACCCGCAGGAGGAGGAAGAGGAGGACUUUUGGAGGCUCCGGCUGCAGUCUGAGGAAUGAUGGGCUGAGAGCAAAGGGUAUUCUUGCUCUGUACACGAAGGCACAAAGAAAAGAGACAGAGUGGGCCAAAUCAGCUGGGCCAAAGCAGGCAUGUCUCUUCCACUCCCUCCAUUGUGACUCCUCCUGUUGCUUUCUAGUUUGUGUUAUUUUUUGCAACAAACAUUAUGGUGCAUGUGCUCUCUCUUUCACACACACAGAGAUUGACUUUCUCCCCCUUUGUGCUGGCAAUAAGCCCUUGAUUGUGGGAUGCACAAAAAGAAAAGGGAAGGGGAGAGGGAAGAAAGAAAGCCAUUGCCAGGGGAAACUUGGGGAGGGUUUCCAUAGUAAUAGGGUACCAGCAGAAGCAGAGAGGGGGCUGGCUGGCGUGGGCUUGGGCGUUAUUCCCCCUCCUUCCCCGACGUUAGACAUUGAUUUGGCAAAGGAGAAAGGUCCCCAAAGUCCUGGCAUCUUUUUAAAAGGAUCGGCAACUUACAACAAACCAGUUUUCAGUUCCAAAGAAUUAAUAUACAGCCCACUCAUAGAAGUGGGAGUAAGCAAGCGAAAUUACAAUAUGCUCUCCUUUCUUUCACAUUAAGGGGGGGGGGGGGGCUUUUAUCAAGCACCACUGAACUUGUAGAACGCAAUGAACACUGCUGGGAGCUACAGUAGCACUUCAUAUGGGUCCCAGCCCUAUUUUAAACCCUCAAUUCUGGACACUUUCAAGAAAGGUUUUAAAUGUUAGUUAUUGGAGGCGGCUGCGGGAGUUAGUGGUGCGGUUUCAGAGGCUCCCAGGCCAAGCAACACGAGCAUGGAAUAUACUGAAGCCCCAUGUUUGGCCGCAGCAGCUUUAUUUUAAUAUUAAAGGGAGAAUAUAUUAAGACAUAGCUUGUGUUGACAUAGUUUGCAUUCAAGUGAUGUUCAUGCUCUACAAUGGAGGUAGGAAGCAGGGUUCUUUGUUCUGUUAGUGUUUCAGCUGUUUUAUUAAAUGCACAGUGUGACCAUU